AUGCAAAUUGAAGCAAUCCCAAUGAGAUGGGGUUCAGGAGAUAACUAUGCUUAUUUAUUAAUAGAUGAUAAAUCUAAAAAUGCAUGGUUAAUUGAUCCAGCUCAGCCAAAAGAAGUAUUACAAUAUUUGAAACAACAUAAUCCUAAAUACGAACUUAAGGCUAUUGUGAAUACACACCAUCAUUAUGAUCAUUCAGACGGUAAUAAAGAAUUUCACAAUCGUUACCCAGAUUUACCAAUUAUAGCUGGAAAGGAUUCACCAUUAGUUUCAUAUACACCUCAACAUGAAGAAGUCAUUGAUUUAGGUGAUGAUUUAUCAAUCACAGCGUUACAUACUCCGUGCCACACGCAAGACUCCAUCUGUUAUUUUGUAAAAGAUGGUAAAACUGGUGAAAAAGCAGUGUUCACAGGUGAUACGUUGUUUAUUAGUGGUUGUGGUCGAUUUUUCGAAGGUACUGGUGCAGAAAUGAACCACUCACUUAAUUCCGUGUUGGCCAAAUUACCAAAAGAUACUAAAGUAUACCCUGGUCAUGAAUAUACUAAAUCAAAUGUUAAAUUUUCUAAAACUAUUUUAAAUAACGAAGCUAUCAACAAAUUAGCUGACUAUUGUAAUCAACAUGAAAAAACUACUGGAAAGUUUACAAUUGGUGAUGAAUUACAAUUUAAUCCCUUUAUGAUGUUACAAGAUUCUCAAGUGUUGGGGAAAGUUGGUGGACUAACUGAAUCUGAUGAUAUUAUGGAUAAAUUACGUGAAAUGAAAAAUAAUGCUUGA